AUGGAGGGCAUCUACUUCCAGUUGCUCCUUGUCUCGCUGGUGGCCCUGGCGCUCCAACAGCUGCUGAAGCUGGCCAAGAAGCCUAGCAGGAGGACGCCGCCGAGACCGUGGAAGCUGCCGGUCAUCGGCAGCUUGCACCACCUCAUGAACGUGCUGCCGCACCGCGCGCUGCGGGACCUGGCCAACGUUCACGGUCCCCUCAUGAUGCUGCAGCUCGGCGAGACGCCGCUCGUCGUGGCGUCCUCCAAGGAGAUGGCACGGGAGGGUACCAGGACCCGGAAGCUCUACACCACGGAGCUCCUCUGCACCGGGCGCGUGCUCUCCUUCCGCCACGUCAGGGAGGAGGAGGUGAUGGUGCGAGUGGAGCAGAUCCGCAAGGCGGGGCCGUCAACGCCGGUUAACCUGAGCCUGAUAUUGCACGAGCUGACCACCGCCAUGCUGUUGCGGGCAGCAUGGGGGAAGACGCGGAUCAAGAACAUGCCGGAACUCCUGGCUGGUGUGAGGACCGGCAUAGCCCUGUCCAGCGGCUUCAGUCUGCCGGACCUCUUCCAGACGUGGAAGCGCUCGGUGCUCGCCGGGGUCACGGGCAUGAAGCGAAGCCUCGAGAGCCUCCACAAGACGAUUGACUCCGUGUUUGAGGAGGUCAUCGAGGAGAGGAUGUGCGCGCGCGCUGAGAAUGUCAAGACUGGCGCAGAGAACGUCGAUGAGAACCUCGUGGACGUGCUCAUCGGCAUGCAGGAGAAAGGCGACUCCGUCUUCCCUAUCGACAAACCCAGAAUCAAGGCCUUCCUUCUGGUAAGACCUCCACAGGAACUUUCUGUUCUACUUUCUCGCGCUUCUAGUUCCGAACUGGCUAACUGUAGCAUGCAGGACACGCUGGCGGCUGGGACGGGGACGUCCGGGUCGGCGAUGGAGUGGACCAUGUCGGAGCUGAUUCGGAAUCCAAAGGUUAUGGCGAAGCUCCAGGAGCAGGUCCGGGAGGCGUUCCGGGGGAAAGCAGUGGUGACGGAGGGGGACAUGCAGGCAGCCGACAUCCGGUACCUAAAGCUAGUGAUGAAGGAGGCGCUCCGGCUGCACCCGCCGGCCCCGCUGCUGGUCGGCCGGGAGAGCAUUGACGUGUGCGAGGUGGACGGGUACACGAUCCCAGCCAAGUCACGCGUCCUCGUCAACGUGUGGGCGAUCGGCCAGGACCCCAAGUACUGGGACGCCCCCGAGGAAUUCAAGCCGGAGCGGUUCGAGAAGGGCGACAUCGAUUUCAUGGGCAGCCACUACGAGUUCACCACGUUCGGCGCCGGCCGGAGGAUGUGCCCCGGCAUUAGCUACGGCCUCGCCAGCAUGGAGCUCGCCCUCGUCUCCCUCCUCUACCACUUCGACUGGUCGCUGCCGGAGGGCGUCAGCGAGCUUGACAUGGGGGAGGCACCGGGACUCGGUGUGCGCCGCCGGUCGCCACUGCUGCUCCGGGCCACCCCCGUCCUCCCGGCGGACUGCGCGGAAUAG